CAUAGAUAUUCAUAUAAAUAUAACACAAGUCUCUAGAAGAAAUAAAGGGAGGUGAAUUUAGAGAAUACCUAUUUGUCUAAGAGCAAUUCACCAGGAUUUCUGCAUCCUCCUUAUCUGGUAACCGCUUCUGGUGAGCUGAAGAAGAAGAGGAACAAUAAAGAAGGAGAAAAGAAGAAGAAAGCUCUCAUUUUGUUGCAGAAGUAUUAAGCCAUGAGAGGAAGAAAUUAAAAUCAGAGCUCUAGAUGUCAAAGGAGCAUCAGAUAUCAUUUGGCAUGAUCCAGCCAUCAUCUUCCACGCAUCCAAACUACAUGCAGGAGGCUGCAGGGGCAUAUGAAAUGGGGGAUUUUGAUCAGGCUUUUUUUAUGUAUCUUGAUGGACAGGAACAGAAAGAAACACUGAAAAUUUUCCCUUCAGAGCCAAUGCAUGUAGAACCAUCUUCUAAGCCUUUGAAUGAUGAUUUACAGUACAGUAUGAGCUUAGACUCUCCAGCAGUGAAAAGAGCUUCUAAGAAAGCAGAAGAACAAAACAUGGAGUUAUGCAGCAGAAAAAAUACAUCUGCAACUAAUCCUCAUAUUUCAGCGAGGAGUGACGGAUUACCUCUGAAGAAAGAAGGAAGCAGCAAGGCUACAACAUCAUGCUCAGAUCAUGAGGGGCCAAAAACACCAGAUGCUAAGACAUUAAGACGGCUUGCUCAAAAUAGAGAGGCAGCAAGGAAGAGCAGACUGAGGAAGAAGGCAUAUGUCCAACAACUAGAGUCGUGUAAGAUGAAGCUUAAUCAGCUAGAGCAAGAGAUUCAAAGGGCACGGACACAGGGCGUCCUCCUUGGGGCUGGCAUUUUAGGAGAACAAGGCUUAGCUACAAGCUCCGAUUGCCUCAGCUCAGGUGCUGCGGCUUUCGACAUAGAGUAUGCAAGAUGGGUAGAAGAGCACCACCGCCUAAUGAUGGAGCUUCGGACGGCGAUGCAGGAACGAGUACAAGAACAUGAGCUUCAUAUAUAUGUGGGCAGCUGUGUCGCGCAUUACAACACAUUGAUGAAUUUGAAGAGCAUGGCUAUCAAAGCAGAUGUGUUUCAUAUCAUCUCUGGAAUGUGGAAGACGCCUGCGGAGCGUUGCUUCCUUUGGAUUGGAGGAUUCUGCCCUUCCGAGCUCAUCAAGGUUGUUGUGUGCCACAUCGAGCCCUUAACAGAGCUACAACUACUGGGAAUAAGCAAAUUACAGCACUCUGCACAAGAGAGCGAAGAGGCCCUUAGCCAAGCACUUGAAGCCCUCUAUCAAUCUCUGGCUGACUCCAUUGUUUCCAGCUCUUUCAGCUUCACAUCCAACAUGGCCAAUUACAUGGGUCAAAUGGCCAUAGCUAUGAAUAAGCUCUCUACACUCGAAGGCUUCAUUAGACAAGCUGACAACCUAAGACUGCAAACACUUCACAGACUCUAUGAAAUAUUAACGGCACGCCAGAGUGCAAAGUGCUUCUUGGCCAUCUCUGAAUAUUUCCAUCGCCUCCGAGCUCUAAGUUCCCUUUGGCUUUCUCGCCCAAGGCAUGACUAAUGCAUAUAUGUAUCAUCAAAGAAACAAUAAAAAAUUACAUCUAGAUGAUGAAUGAGCAGACGAUGGUGUGGAUCACAUCACUCCGUCUAACGCACGGCGUAAUACGAUCCACACCAUCACCUGAACGGUAUGGUUAAACCGGAUAGGGAUAGUUAUUACCAUAUAUAGUGAUUGCAUUAAUAUGUGGUUGGUUUAGCUAUCGAUGUAUUUUACUUAGAUGUAUAGAUAAAAGAGAAUUGUUAAUCAUUAUAUACUUCAUUAUGAAAGCACACAUUCCAUUUGGCUAAUUUAAGAAUUCCUACGUCUCCGGCAUCACAUAUUUUGCUACUUUGUCAUGUUUUAAUUCAAAUGUAUAAUAUAAUUUAACAUAGUUUAUGAUGUCAUAAUGCUCAACCAUGUAAUUAAUUAGUUAUGAAU